UCUCUCUCUCUCUCUCUCUCUCUCUCUCUCUCUCUCUCUCUCUCUCUCGCUCUCGCUCUCGCUCUCGCUCUCUCUCUCUCUCAAGGCCCAAACCAGAGGUGUACUGGAUCAAGUUCAGUCUCUGGAAGAAGAGAUCAAUUCAGGGAACAACAGACAUCGUUCCUGUCAAGAACAUCAUCAUACACCACAAGUACAAUGCUAACACGUAUGAGAAUGACAUAGCCCUGAUAGAGAUGGAGAAGCUUCCAUUCAAGGCCCAGUGUUUUGAAGAGAACCCAGCAGUCAGUGCUGUGUGUGUUCCCUGGUCCGUACAACUGUUCAACCCUAACCAUACCUGCAGCAUAUCAGGCUGGGGGAGGAAGAAAGAUGGUUCGUCAUCUGAUGUGCUGCUCUGGGCCAACGUCUCUCUGAUCGCCAACUGUCAAGAAUUCUACGGUCCGCGUUACUACGAUGGAAUGAUGUGCGCAGGUGAUCUGGACGGCCACGUGGACUCGUGUCAGGGUGAUUCUGGAGGUCCUCUGGUGUGCCAGGACUCUCUAGGUGUUUCCUACCUCUGGGGUAUUGUCUCCUGGGGGGAGAAGUGUGGGCAGGCCAAGUUCCCUGGAGUGUACACUAAAGUGGCACACUACUUCGACUGGAUCCGCACUCACACUGGCUGGGCUGCUGUCACUAAAUACAACCUGUAAUAUCACCCCACCUGGUGUCCCAGGUCUAAAUCAGGCCCUGAUCAUUAAUACCAUCCCACCUGGUGUCCCAGGUCUAAAUCAGGCCCUGGUUGUUAAUA